AGCAUGGCCGACAAGAACAGGGCCCUUAAGUGCAGCUGCUCGGCGCCGGGCCACAGCAGCAGCCUCCUGCAGGGCCUGGCCGCCCUUCACGCGCAGGGCCAGCUGCUGGACGUGGCCCUCACCGUCAACAGAGAGGCUUUCCACGCGCACAAGGUGGUGCUGAUGGCCUGCAGUGACUGCUUCAGGGCCAUGUUCAUGGGCGGCAUGCGGGAGGUGAGCCAGGACGUCAUCGAGCUUAAGGGUGUGUCAGCCCGCGGCCUGCGCCACAUCAUCAACUUUGCCUACAGCACCAAGGUGACGUUGGACCUGGGCUGUGUGCAGGACGUGCUGGGCGCCACCGUGUUCCUGCAGAUGCUGCCCGUGGUGGAGCUGUGCAAGGAGUUCCUCAAGGCGAUCUUGAGCGUGGAGACGUGCCUGCACAUCGGCCAGAUGGCCACGGCCUUCAGCCUGGCGUCGCUGUGCGAGUCUGUGGACGCCUUCACGUUCCGCCACUUCCUGCAGAUCGCGCGGCAGGACGACUUCCUGCACCUACCGCUCGAGAGCCUGGUCUUCUGCAACGAGGUCGACCUGUUCCGCAACGCCGUGUGCUGGCUGCAGCACAACCCGCGCGCCAGCCACAUGCUGCGCCACAUCCGCUUCCCGCUCAUGCAGGCGGCGGAGCUGGUGGACAGCGUGCAAACUCUGGACAUCAUGGUAGAGGACGCGCUGUGCCACCACUACCUGCUCGAGGCCCUCAACUACCAGGUGCUGCCCUUCCUGCAGCACGAGAUGCAGUCGCCGCGCAUGGCCGUGCCCUCCGAUGUGCCCUCGCUCGUAGCCUUCGGCAGCACGCCCUACACCUACAGCGACAGCGCCGUCAGCGGCAAGGUGUACCAGCUGGCGGAGCCCGGUGCACGCCACUUCCGCGAGCUCAAAGAGAUGGAGCUGGCCUGCAGCCACACGUGUGUGGUCGUACUCGACAACUUCGUGUACGUGGCCGGCGGCCAGCACCUUCAGUACUGCAGCGGCGAGGGCACCUUGGACCCCUGCUACCGCUACGAGCCGCAGCGCAACCACUGGCUGCGCCUGCAGGCCAUGCAGGAGAGCCGCAUCCAGUUCCAGCUGAACCUGCUAUGCGGCAUGGUGUACGCCACGGGUGGCCGCAACUGCGCCGGCAGCCUGGCCUGGGUCGGGAGGUACUGCCCGCGCCGCAACGAGUGGGGCUAUGCGUGCUCGCUCAAGCGCCGCACCUGGGGCCACGCAGGCGCCGCUGCCGCCGGGGGCCGCCUCUACAUCUCGGGCGGCUACAGCGUCUCAGUGGAGGACAAGAAGGAGCCGCACUACUACGACCCUGUGGCCGACCAGUGAGAGUUCAAGGCGCCCAUGAGCGAGCCGCGCGUGCUGCACACCACGGUGGGCGCCGGCAGCCUCAUCUACGCCCUGGGCUGCCGCAUGGUCCACGUGGACUGCUGCUUCAACGAGCUGGCCAUCCAGUACUACGUGCCCGAGACGGACCAGUGGACCAGCGUGAGCCCCAUGCGUGCCAGCCAGUCAGAGGCCGGCUGCUGCCUGCUGGAGCGCAAGAUCUUCAUCGUGGGCGGCUACAACUGGCACCUGAACAACAUCAGGGGCAUCGUGCAGGUCUACAACACCGACACGGACGAGUGGGAGUGCGACCUUCACUUCCCAGAGUCCUUAGCAGGCAUCGCCUGUGCCCCGGUGCUGCUGCCGCGGACCGGCGCCAGGAGGUAGCCCCCAGAAGCCGGCAGCCGCCAUCUUCCGAAUGGGUUUUGUACUCUCAUGGCUCGUGGACGAUGGAUGCCGCGCCUCUUGACCCCACUGGCCGUGUAGCGAAUUAACUUCGGGCAUCAGCGGACGGCGCCGCCGAGCACUUCCCGUUUAUUUAAUAAAAAUGCUAUGGUGAAGAAAAAAAAAAACAGAAAGAAAGGAACCCAGGGCUGCAGUUGGUCUUGCUGCCGCAGGCUGUUGUCUUGCGUAACAGAAGCUUGUUCUUCCCGUGAACACCUGUGGGCUGCUGUGUUCCAGGACACAGGCUGAACAUCACGGCGGAGAACGACUGUCCGCGGCUGCACUGCUCCCUCAGAGACUUGAGCUCCCUGCUGCAGGCUGCGGGCCGCCUGGCCAAGUACUUUAUCGGGGAUGUUUGCCGCGAGUUUCAAGGACGCCCUCAUGGUUGUGGACAGGCAGGCUGGCAAGCUGUGGGACGGGGCCAUUCCUUCUUCAGCUCUGGGGCACCUUGUGUGUGCCCCUUUCACAGUAACAGGAAAAGCAGCGUACAGUCAGAAACUGUUCUCAAAAGUGGCUUUGCACAUUUUAUCUCAUUUCAUCCUACAAGGUUGGUUAAAGUCACUCUGUAUGGACCUCAGAUCAAAUAGUGCAACACUGAAACUGCCGUGCCACCAGUAUUGAAACCAGACCUCGUUGACAUGCAAGUAUAAAGUUGGAUGUUUGCCCGUUCUCCGGAGAGACCUUACCUACCCUCUCUCACAGGGACAGUAGCAGCUGCUGUGAAGGGGAACACUCCCAGACAGAGAACGAUGGUUGUGCUCUGUGUCUUGGGCAAAGGUGACUGGGAUUUGUCAGGCAGAAGAGAGCUGGGGUAGAUUGUAUGGAGCAGAGCUUGUGGGAGCAGAGACUGUCCAAGCUGAGACAGGGCCUGCGGCUGGGAGGUGGUAAGCACGUGGUGUGGUGGGAACCGAAGCAGGAUCAGUGCAUGGGGAAUGGUGUGGAAACACCUGUGUGCUGUGAGUCUCAGGCAAGAGACUGAAACUGUGGUAUGUGGAAAAGACAGUUUCACACUCACAGGUGUGUGUGUGUGUGUGUGUCUAGCAGGCAAGCAGUUAAUUCUGUAGUGGACACCAGCUGGUGUUCUCUCAGUUCUGUUCUUCAGGUUCCAUAAAUUAAGGGAUCCAUUGGCAAGACUGCCCUCCCAUGCUUCUCCACCAGUCACAAACCCCAGGUUAUCUGAGCUUCUAACCAGCUGGUUAUAAAUUGGGGUUCCCACAGCCCCCUCCUCAGGGUCAAUUAAUUUGCUAGAGAGGCUCACAGAACUCAGGGAAGCACUUACUUGUGUUUACUGCUGUCUUAUAAAGGUUGUUACAGAGGGUACCAGCAGGCAGCAAGUGGAAAGGGCAAGGUGUGAAAGAAGGGGUCUUCCUCCCCACUCCCCCAGGAUCCUCUGCAGUUGGGUGAAAUACCCAUGGGUUCUUGUCUCCUGUGUUUGCCAAUGGAAGUGUGAAGGCAAUGACUAUUUAUUUAUUUAUUUAUUUAAAAGACUCAUUUACUUGAAAGGCAGAGUUACAGAGAGACAGAGGCAAAGAGGGAGAAAGAGAGGUCUUCUACCCACUGGUUCACUCCCCAAAUGGAUGCAACGGCCAGAGGUGGGCCGAUCCAAAGCCAGGAGCUUCUUCCGGGUCUCCCACGUGAGUGCAGGGGCCCAAGGACUUGGGCCAUCCUCCAUUGCUUUCCCAGGCCACAGCAGAGAACUGGUUCAGAAGUGGAGCAGCCGGGACUUGAACCGGCACCCAUAUGGGAUGCUGGCACUGCAGGAGGCAGCUUUACCCUCUACGCCACAGCACUGGCCCCAGAAGGCACUCAUUUAAGUAGAAAUGGGUUUCUUGGGCUGUGCAAGACAGAGCAAGGUUGUUUCAUGACUGAAAACCAGGCUUCCAGGUAAGGCAUAGUCCUCACACAUUUUCUCGUUCAGGGAAGUCAUACAGAUUCAUUGAAUUUCCAAGACAUUCUGGGAAUGUCACUGAGCCCACCUGCAGGGGCAUCUGGUUGAUUGUAAUGAGAUUAAAAUAGGGCUGUGUGGUUUUGGGGGAAGGGUUAUCCGGAAGUUUGCUGAAACAAGGUCUUUGGGUUUGUGUAGAAGCUGCAUAUGUAAGCCUGCUGGAGAGGUAGGGCUGGAGGGUCCAACCCUCUGGUCUUAAGGCUGGUUCUCCUGGACGAGUUCCCAUCCUGUGGUUACUGGGGGCUUCCCCAGAAAUGCUUCAUGUUCACAUGGGCUCUGGAGGUGUGCCUGAAAGGGCCUGCUGUAAGUAAUGGAGACCAUCUCUGUGCCACCUUGGAAACUUGGCUGGACCUAAGGACUAAAGGCCAACAUUUUAACAGAAGAGAUGUAUGUAUCUUAAAGCAUUU